AUGCGUGAAGCUGCCUGGAUGGAGCGACUCAUGGAUACAGACGCAAUGAGACUUAGCGGGACGGAAGACAGCUCUGCUACAUUUCAAAAAGCAUUUCAACCAAACUCUCUGGCAAUGUCCGACCAUAUCGACUUCAACCUGUGUGAUAUGUACUCUAAGAAGCGUGAAAGGUCCUUUCGUGCUCCGAUCAUACCCAUGCAGCUGCUGAGAGGCACACGCAAUCCACUAAAGGUGCCGAGAGAUUGGUUGGAAGUGGAAAUUGAUUACUAUAUGCCGGCUUCUCAACGGAAGGAUUACCUUUGUUCAUACAUUAACUAUUGCAAUAAGCUUACUGCCCAAAACGAGCAGAAGACAAAGAUCGGCCCAGGUAUAGCUUCAUAUCCAUGA